AUGGCUCGGGAGGGCCCGAGGGGAGCGGGGUGAGGGUGCUGAGCUCUGCCCGGACCUUGGGGUGCGAGCUCUCCGCACCCCGCAGGGACCGCGGGAGCUCUCUGAUGGAUGGGAACCUGGCCGCCAGGAGAUGAACAGAGCCGGGAGACACGUCCCCGGCACCACUUGCAAAGUGUAGCUUCAACUUUUGCCGCUUGAUAAGAUGCUUGGCAGUGAAAACUUUGCAGAUGGGUAUAUGCAGCUCAUUGUGCUCUGUGCUGAGUUGGGUUUGGAGUGGGUUUUGGGACAGCUCUGCCAUCACUGGCCGUAGCAAGGAGCAGCCUAAGCUGUGUUAGAAAGCACAAAUGCUUCUUCCCCUUUUCUCCCCUUACCGCCUUGGGAUACUCAUGAUGUCCAAAGGGCAAAUGCCUGCCACAGCAAAUACCUACAGCCCAGUGGAGAAUGACGUUUGUGAGGUUGUGUCUGCAUGGCUGGAUCUGCACAUGGAAGAGCUGCACGGGAGCACUUAAAGGGAUUGGUGUUUGGGCCAAGGUUGUCCAGCGUCACUGACUGUUGGAUACCGAUGUAAAUUCCAGGACUUGUGUCAACAGCCCAGCAUCAUGAGCCAUCCACAGCUCUCUGGAGCUGCCAGUGCCUGGAGUUUCAUGGUGACUUGAUGGCUGGAAAAUCGGCAGGGCUGUGCCAGAGGGAUGUACUUAGGUUUCCAUUUCUCCCCCAUAUCGUGUUGUAGUGUUUGGAUGUUGGGGUGGGCUCAGGUUUCAGCCUUCAUCAGCAUCCCAAAUGCUGAGUGCUCCCAAGGCACUGAGUCAGAUCUUUGAAGAAAGAAUCUGUGUGACAAAACUUCUCACUAGGCCCCACUUGAGGGGUGAUUUGUCUUGGAGGAUGGAGGAGAGCAGUGAGAUUGACACCUGCUUUAGCAAGAGGCUGUUGGAGUGAUGGGGUGGUAGAUGGCACACGUCUGGUACCAGCCUGAGUUGGGCUGGGGGACCAACAGAUCGUGGCAAAGACCAAAAUCUUUGUGGCUGUAUAUCUUAUAUGGCAAAAGUGGCAAAUGAAAUAAGCUAAUAGCACCAGUAUUUGGUGCUCUGCUUUUGUCACUGUUGGGCAUGAGAUCCUGCCAAAGAGCUGAUUGCUGGGCUCAGGCUUACCCCAUUUCAGAGACCACAAUUUCAGAGCCAGGCUCCCUCCCUUCAGCUCCCCCAGAGCCUGUAGGACUUCUCCAAGGUGGACAGAUGUCCUUAAAGGGACAGCCCUGAAGAUUUCUCUCCCUCAUGCCCAAUGUACUUUGAUACAAGUGGACUGGGAGGACUCAUUUUGUCUUAAAGUCUCCACAAAUCUUUGUGGCUCAGAUAAAUUUAGGCUUCCUGAUGUGCCUCCAGGCAGGGAAAAGCAAAAGCCUCCGGUCAUGAUUUAGUCAUGAGACGAAAGCACCACGAGCUGUGUGCAGGGUUAAAGUGAAAACCCAGCUUAUUAAACUUCAUUUUGGUAAUUAGCACGGGGUGAAGAACAAAGAAAGAUAAUAUUGUAAAGGGGGAAUUGCCGGGGUGUUAAAUAUUAAAUUCUCUGCUGCCAGAAUUGGUUCCCAGUGGCUGUUUUGUAUUCAUGGUCAAACACUGGAUGAGGUGUCUAAAUGGGUUUGGAGCAUUACUUGACACUGAAAACUUUAAAGGACAAAACUGGGCUGCAAAGUCACAAUUCCUGUAAUAAAGGUGUAAGUAUGUAAGACUGGGCAGAGCUGAUGCCAGGGCUUCAAAUCUCCUGCCUCCUCUUGCAGAUGGAGCGAGGUUCUGGCAGCCUGUCUGCGCUUUGCAGAUGAGCUCUGUAUUCACAUGGCCACCUUGGAUUUGGGGUUUAUCCUCCGAGUGCCCAAUGCUGUUUAAUCCUAUCUUAUAAACCAGCCAGCAGCAGUGGGGCAGCUUGUUUCUUUCCACAGAAGGCAGCCUCAUUACUGUUCUGGAUCACAACUCUGCUUAAACUCUCAAGAAAUGGGGAAGAAAACAAAAAACUCCCCAAACCCUGCAUUGGAUUUUGGGGUUGUUAUUUUUUUCGUUUUGCUCUCUGAUUGUGGCGCUCCUGUGGGUGCCGGGAGGGGAUGCGCCGGCCCUUCCCGCUCAUCUGGCAGGGAGGGGAGGUGCGGGAUCCCGGGUCCCCGGGAGCCGAGGCUGGUGGAAGCUGCUCCCGUGUGCGGCCGCCCCUCCUGGCCGGGCUCCGCUCGCCUUGGCACACCCCGGCCGGAGGGUUGGCUGCUCACACAUCCGUCACGGUGCCUGAGAAAACACGGCGGUGACGUGCGGGUCCCCUCCUCCUGCCCGCGGAUACCCGCUAGCUCGGAGCCCCGGAACUCCCUGCGUGAUGGAGCUGCCGGGGACGUGUAGCGGUGCUCCUCUUUUAUGUGCUUAAAAAGACAUCUCUGGUGGAGCCAGGCGGCAGGCAGGGAUCUCCAGGAAGCCAUGGCCAGAGACGGAUGUUCUGGGACAUGGUGGAGGUGGGAGCUCUCCUAACAAUCCAGUGUCUUCUCCUGAGAAUCCCAGCCGUGCUUCCUUCCCACUCCUCUGCAGAAAGCUGUAGAGAAAGCACAGCACCAUGUACACCUUCCUGCCAGAGAGCUUCACACCGGUGAAGCAGAAGCCCUCCAAGGAGCUGAGGCCGAUGCUGGGUGCCAUCUUUCUGGGCCUCAUCCUGUUCAUUGCUGCAGUGGUGGCCUGGUGCUACUACACCGUGUCCCUGAGGAAGGCGGAGCGGCUCAAGACGGAGCUGAUGGACCUGCGGGCAGACGGCUUCGUCAUCCGCAACCAGCACGGGGAGGUGGUGUUCCGGCUGGCCUUCCGCUCGGGCAGCCUGGACCUGGAGUCGUGCUCCAAGGAGGGCGAGAUCCUGAGCUGCUCGCGCUCGAGCCGGGGGCCGCUCAACUUCUUCAUCCAGACGGUGAAGCCCAAGGACACGGUGAUGUGCUACCGCGUGCGCUGGGAGGAGCUGGCGGCCGGCCCGGCCGUGGAGCACACCAUGUUCUGGGAGGACGCCCACUGGUACGGGGGCUCGGAGAUGAGCACCCAGCACUGGCCCAUCCGCCUGGCCGGCUACCAGGAGCCCAUGCCCUACGUGACCAGCGACGUCUACUCCUUCCGCGACAGCUUUGGCGGCAUCCUCGAGCGCUACUGGCUCUCCUCCAAGGCGGCGGCCAUCAAGAUCAACGACUCCGUGCCCUUCCACCUGGGCUUCAACGCCACCGAGCGCACCCUCUUCUUCCAGGCCCGCUACAAGGACUCACCCUACAAGCCCCCACCAGGCCAGCAGCCCUUCCCCGAGCUCAGCUACCGCGUCUGCGUGGGCUCCGACGUCACCUCCAUCCACAAGUACAUGGUGCGCAGGUACUUCAACAAGCCCUCCAAGAUCCCUGCUGAGAACGCUUUCCGAUACCCCAUAUGGUCCACGUGGGCCCUCUACAAGAAUGAUAUUGACCAGGAUAAACUCUUGAGGUUUGCUGAAAAGAUCAAGAAGUACCAUUUUAACUGCAGCCACAUUGAGAUUGAUGACAUGUACACCCAAGCCUAUGGAGACUUUGAUUUUGACCCUGUCAAGUUCCCCAAUGUAACAGAGAUGUUUGCAAAGCUGAGAGAAGAUGGGUUUAAGGUCACUCUGUGGACUCACCCUUUCAUAAACUACAAUUCCUCCAAUUUUGGUGUGGGUAUUGAGCGUCAGCUGUUCAUCAAGGAGCCGUCGGGGCGGCUGCCGGCCAUGGUGGAGUGGUGGAACGGCAUCGGGGCCAUCCUGGACUUCACCAACCCAGCAGCCCGUGACUGGUUCCAGAGCCACCUGCGCCAGCUCCGGCACAAGUACGGCAUCUCAUCCUUCAAGUUUGACGCGGGUGAGACCAGCUACCUGCCCAAGCAGUUCAGCACCUUCCGCCCACUGUCGGACCCCAGCAUCUGGUCCCGGCGCUACACGGAGAUGGCCAUCCCCUUCUACGAGCUGGCCGAGGUGCGCGUGGGCUACCAGUCACAGAACAUCUCCUGCUUCUUCCGCAUCAUUGACCGGGACUCUGUCUGGGGCUACGAGCUUGGCCUCAAGUCCCUCAUCCCCACUGUCCUCACCAUCAGCAUGCUGGGGUACCCCUUCAUAUCUGCUGACAUGAUAGGGGGCAAUUUUUUCCCCAAUAAAACCAAUGGUGCUGUGGAGAUCCCUGACCGGGAGCUGUACGUGCGCUGGCUGGAGCUGUCGGCCUUCAUGCCCUCCAUGCAGUUCUCCAUCCCUCCCUGGCUCUACGACAAGGAGGUGGUGGAGAUCGCGCAGAAGUUCACAGAGCUCCACGAGUCGCUGGUGGCCCCGCUGCUGCUGGAGCUGGCGGGGGAGGUCACCGACACGGGCGACCCCAUCAUCCGUCCCAUCUGGUGGAUCUCGCCCCGCGACGAGGCCGCUCACAGGAUCGACUCCCAGUUCCUCAUUGGGGACACCCUCAUGGUGGCUCCUGUGCUGGAGAUGGGCAAGCAGGAGCGGGAUGUCUACUUGCCAGCAGGCAAGUGGCGCAGCUACAAGGGGGAGCUGUUUGAGAAGACCCCAGUGCUGCUCACCGACUAUCCUGUUGAUCUGGACGAAGUUGCCUAUUUCCUCUGGGUUUCCUAACAGCCUCCUCUUCAUCAGCUUUGGAAUAACCAUGCCUUACCUAGGACUUUCUAACAGAUAUUAACUCUAAUUGCACAUUUCAUUUGAGACUGGGGUGGAGAAAGGGAGCUAAUAGACUUCACUGUUCUUGGGGAUAAUUUUUUUUUUUUUAUUUGGGGAUUGAUCUUGAUUUUUUUGAUUUGGGUCUGGUGGUAGGCUCUGGCUGGAUUACAGUAGGCAGCAAUUUGUCUGUAUAAGUCAGAAAUGAAUCGUCAGUCUGUCUGCAGACAAUAGUAAACCCAACACCUUUUCAGUUCUCAAGGAUUUCAAGAGUUGGAAGUUGCUUAGUGCCAGUGUGGAGCAUUUUUAGUCAUGUGGGAGCACCUGGCACUGGGUAUGGGGGUGUGUGCUGUGGGAGGAUUGCUACUGCACAGCCUGCCGUAAGUUUUAUAAUAUGGCAAGUACAUUAAAAUGGAUAUUUUUCAGAGCAUAAAGCAAAAUAGGGUUACAUAUGAAUAUUUACACACCUAUUUUUCUCCCUUUUGUCUCCCAUGGUGCUGGACUGAUAGUUGCCCCAUGCUCUUUCUCAUGACUCCCGCUUGUGUUAACUUGUAUUAGCAGACCAUGACACUCCUGCUUUCCUGGGUACCAGGCAGGCCAGGUCACUCAAGUGUUGUCCAUGUGUUUUAACUGAAUGGGUUGCUUAUUUCUUGCUGGGACAGCUGCUUCCCACCUGCUCACCCAUUUGACUUCCUCUACAAAGCCCUUGCCUGUGCGUUUUGCCUGGGGCAUCAACAUUGCCUUUCCUAGAGCAGCACCGCCUGUACCAGCAGGUCCCAUUUUUUAAGCAUUUAUGACUCCACUUGGUUACAUGAUUAUCCUGCUGAUACCAUCCUUUCUGGUUUUUAAGGACAGAUGAGGUUUGUUGCUGGCAGAAGGGCUGCCUGGAGCAAAGCUGUCCUCAGACACUCGGUGCGGCGCUUCCCUGGGAACAGCCGGUUCCCGCGAGCGGCACGUGUAGUGGAUUGACAGUGCUGUUUGCCGAUAGCCGGCUUGCCUGUGGGUGGAAAACACCAUCUUUAUGAACUGACGGGUCUGUGCCAGCGGGUGUUCUCACUGCACCCACGGAAGCGUUCUCAUUUAACGCCAAGUUAAGCUAAUACCCAUCUCAGGUGGAGGGUUCUCCUGAGUCAGCCCGCCCCUCUCCCUGGGAGAGUCCCAAGGAGCUUUCUCAGGCAGCGUUGAUGUUGCUGGAGGUGGGAUUGCUGUGAGAGGCUUCUGGAGAGCACAUGGGGUGAUGUGAUCCUGCACCCCACAUCCCCAGCAGCUGCCUCUUUGGCAGAUUUCCCAUUUGGUUUUGUAUGGGAAAAUGCAUUUAAAGAGACCCAAGGCAGGGCAAACAGGAUUGAAGUCUGGCAAUCUUCUUCCCGAAGGCAAGAAUUCCCAGCUCUGCCCCAGUUGGGAACAUGUGUCAGCCCCUGAAUUUUCAACGAGCUUCUGCAGAAUCAAAUUGUGAUGGCUGGGAAGGGCUGGGCACCCUGCCCAGGUUACAGCCAGCCAAGGACAUCUUGGCAUCUGUGAGGCUUUUCCUGGGAUUGUGUCUGGGCUGGGCAAGGGUCUGGCACAAGUCAGCCACCCAGGGAGAUGGUGCAUGUUUUGGGUAGGGUUGGGUACCAGUCAGCUCUUUCUCAAAGCCCAUCUCCUGGCACACCGCUUUUCAGGAGGCAGAAAAGGAGAUGCACUAAAAGCUUGAUUGUUGUGAUGGGGUGCAGGAGGAGAAAUUUCAGUGUUAGGGGCAAAAUCUGAAGUGCUUUUGUAGUUAGGAAGUGAGAAAGACCUGAAUCUGCCCUGUAUACAUCAAAAUGAGAUGUAGGGUAGCCUUACAGGCCCCUGCCCAGCUGGAGCACAAUUAUCUCCUGAAGCCUGUUUGUUUCUCAGGCUUUAAAUUCUGAAGGACUCAAGUUUCUUCCCAGCCACCAGUGCAAAUAAUGGUGAUGUUACAAAUGUUACAAAUUACAGGCACCCUCUGGCAAGGAAUUAAUCCUGGAACCUCAGUGUCACUCAUCAGGGCAAUGGCAGGCUUUGGCCCAUGUUUGCAGGGUGGAGUUGAAGGUGAGGAGAUGAGUUUGGCCAAAGCUUUUAAGAAGAGCUAAGUGUGGAGGGAGCUUCUGCAGCCCCAGAAGUGCAUGAAGACCAUGCUUUGAGAGGCUCCAGCUCUUCCCUUUCAACCUUUGCACAUGAAAUACUUGUCAUCCCUUGGCAUGGGAAUUAUUAGGUGGAGGAGAUGUUGCACAGCUCAGCUGCCAGUGAAGAAUUGGGAUCCUUGGCACAGGACUUCAUGGGAAGAAUCCUGGCAUGACCAUGAAAUGCUGUCUUCUCUUCCCCAGGUUCUGUGCUACUCACCAUAUGCAUCACUCAUGAGGAAUGAGGCUGUGUGAAGAGAAACACAGCAUCCCUGUUAGUAUCCUUCUACUAUUGAAAUGAUGGAAGGAGCCAGAUGAGUGCCUUCAAUCUCCUUGCAGUGGUUUCGGGCACUGUCGGGAAGGUCACGGAGGAAAUUCUCCAUUAGACACACCAUCUUCUUUCCCCUCCCAUAUAAAAGAAAGGAUUUUAUUAACAAAGUUAUAAUUUUAUUUUAUUUAACUAUAUCAAUGAAUGGGUAAGAUUAUAGAAAACUCUUAUUUUUCUAAAUGCUGUAAUUAGGGCACAAGUGGACAUGGCUAUUCAGUGGUCCAGUACUUGAGUUCUGUGUCCAGUUCUAGGCCACUCACUUUGGGAAGGAUGUUGAGAUGCUUAAGCACACCCAGAGGAGGGCAACAAGGCUGGUGAGGGGCUUGGAACAUGAGCCCUGUGAGGAACAGCUGAGGGAGCUGGGGUUCUUUAACCUGGAGAAAAGGAGACUCAGAGGUGACCUUAUCACUCUUUGCAACUCCCUGAAGGGUGGCUGUAGUCAGGUGGGGGUUGGUCUCUUUGUCCAGGUAGCCACUGACAGAACCAGAGGACACAGUCUCAAGAUGCAUCAAGGGGAAUAUAGGUUGGAUAUUAGGAAAAAGUUUUACAGAAGGGGUGAGAAAGUACUGGAAUGGUCUGCCCAGGGAGGUGGUGGGGUCACCAUCCAUAGAUGUGUUUAAAACUACUGGAUGUGGCACUCGGUGCCAUGGUUUAGUUGAGAUGUUAGGGCUGGGUUGGACUCAAUGACCUUGAAGGUCUUUUCCAACCUAGAGAUUCUGUGAUUCUGUCCAACAAGAAGAAAGGUAAAGCUGCUGAGAGGACUACGAGCUGAUGUUUGGGAUAGGCUCAGCAGUGCUGCCUUAAGCUGUCACACAGGCUUCUAGGUAACCUUUCCAUCCAACUUUUUACCAAAACCACUAUUUCUAACACUAUGCUGUAGAACUGCAGGGCUUGAGGAUCUCUCAGACCUUGCAGACCAGAAGUUCUGCACAGAUACCUUGGGAACUGCUGCUAGGGAUAUUUCUCUGAUUUACACCUUGAGUCACUAGUCAAAGCUGGAUUUAGCUUGUCUCAGCCAAAAAAAAAAAGCCCCAGACAAGGUUUGGGAGUUGGAUUCAGCCUUUUCACACAUGAUGCUUAUGUGAUUGAAUUUUGAAGCUUGCACUGUUGUGUAUCAGGUUUUCUGGAUGCUUGUGUUUGUACAUGCUGUCCUCUGUCAGACUGUAAUUCUGAUGGGUCUGUUUUCUAAUUCAAUUUUCUAAUUCCUAAUUGGUAUGAAUUGUAACAUGAAUCACCUUGACUGAGAUAAAAUUUUGGAAAACAAAAAGAAAUUUAACUAUGUCCAUCUGUACCAAGUGGGUGGGGCUGGUGAUUCAGGGAGAUUUGGGGCUUUUCUUACCCUAGUCUUCACUGAAAUCAGGGUUGAGAUUGUUUUAUUUAAAACUUGCAGCCUGCAGCUUUGAUGUAUGUUUUAAAAGGAGAAGCUGGCAGUAACCUCACUCUUGUGUUUGCAGUGAUGGCAGACAAUCCCACUGGAUUGAAGAUUGUCCUCCCUUAGGUCCUGACAGCAAAGAGACUAGCUGUGCCUUAGGGCUGGCCUGGAAAAGGCCAUGUCCAGGUGAACCCCAGUGUUGUGUCAGCCCCAGGGGUGGGGACCAUAUACACCUCGAGGGUUGUGGCCCUAUUUCUACUAACAUUCACCCCAAAAAAGGUUUGUCAACACGGAAUCUGGGGGUUUGCUAGUCCAUGCUGUUCUCACAGGACACAUACUUCAAGGCUGUUUGUCGGAGAUGAGCACGAGGAGCCUGUUCUCAGUUUCCCUUGGUCUCUCCAGAAGGUCCUUCUGACUGUCCCCACCAUCCCCAUGGUUUCCCUUGCUAGAUGACACUGACAGCAAGGACAUGGAUAGAUAUUUGUGGCUAUGGGAGCACCAGGAAUGGAGACUCGUUUAGGAGCCCACCUUGCCCCACAUCACCCCUUUUGCCCUAAAUAAUGCUUUUUCCUUCCUUUUCCAUUUUUACCACACAAACCAUAGCUGCCUUAUGCCAUUGGGCAUCACUAGCAGCAGCCAACCCAUACAGCGUGGCUUGAGGGUUGAGAUGGACUUUAUUUCACUCCUUUUGCAAUAAAAGAUGUUUUCUCAA